CUUUCGUCACUGCUCUGUGAUAGGCUCUUUUGUUCGUGGCCUGGCAACCAGAAGCGGCUUUACCAAACACUGAGACCCCUUCAUAGCAACUAGUUAGAGGUGUCCUGAAAUUAGCUUGAUAGGAAGAUUCAAGUCGUCAAAUUCAAACAUGUCUACGAGGACUCUACCGCUGCUCUUUAUCAACCUCGGCGGAGAAAUGCUGUACAUCCUGGACCAGCGGCUUCGAGCUCAGAAUAUACCCGCUGACAAAGCUAAGAAAGUUUCCACUGUACCUGCCUGGAUAGAGGAAGACAGAAAGAGAGUUAUGAAUGACAUCAUCACCACCAUGUUCAACAAAAAGUUUCUGGAAGAGCUUUUUAAGCCACAGGAGCUUUAUUCCAAGAAGGCUCUACGAACUGUGUUCGACAGGCUGGCCCAUGCAUCCAUAAUGAGACUCAAUCAAGCUAGCAUGGACAAGCUCUAUGACCUGAUGACAAUGGCUUUCAAAUACCAGGUUCUUCUCUGUCCCCGACCAAAGGACAUCCUGCUUGUCUCCUUCAACCACAUGGAUGCGAUCAAAGACUUUGUGAAAGAUACUCCUAGCAUCUUGAGCCAGGUCGAUGAAACUUACCAGCAACUCAUAGAGAUGUAUACACCCUUAUCUAAUGGUGAAUUCCAACUGAUUAGACAAACCCUUCUCAUUUUCUUCCAAGACAUGCAUAUUAGGGUGUCUAUUUUUCUAAAGGACAAAGUGCAGAACUCAAAUGGCCGCUUUGUGCUUCCUACUAAUGGUCCUGUGCCUCGUGGGACCCAAAUUCCUGGUUUGAUUAGGAUUUUUAGCUGUUCUGGCGAAGAGUUGACCAGACUACAGUUCAGUAAUGGAGGGAACUAUAGUUCUGCAUUACGGGAAGGAUCUUUUGAAAUGUUUGGCAAUAGAGUCACAAAGCUUGGGACAAACAUGUACAGUGUAAGUCGCCCUGUUGAAACACAUAUGUCUGGCACAUCUAAAAGUUCUGCUCAGCACACAAAGGUCAAUGCUGCCCCAAACCCUCUGGCCAAAGAGGAACUGAAUAUGUUGGCCAGAUUAAUGGGAGGUCUAGAAGUCCAGAAACCAGGAAGCACAGACACUGGUUUUCGGGUGAAUCUCUUUGCCACGGAUGAAGAAGAAGAAGAAGCAUUAAUAUCAAGACCCAAUGAGCUUUCAUAUGGAGUCAUAAGCAUCCAAGCAACAAAGGAUCAACAGGCCAAUGCAGAACUGACCAAGAUUAUGGGAGAGUUCACAGAGUCUGGUGAUCCAUCUUCAAGUGCCAGCAGCAAAGGAGAGGACCUUUUGGCCUUGAUGGACGGCUUGUGAUGUAAUCACCUAGACAGAAAUCCCCAAAGCAAUGAGAAGAGUCCACACUCCUGAAGAUCAACCUGCACUGUGGUAAUAACGUGCAAAUAUCCAGCAGCAAGCUCACAGUCAGCCAGAAGACUUCGUUCUUGUGGUGUCUUAAAGAUGUGCAUGGGAGCAAGAACUCCAAUUGGUCAUCAGCAGAUGUUUUUUUGCUGUUUAAAACAAAGAAUGAAAGGAAACCAGCAGUAAAGUCGACUAGUAAGUUUUCUGUAAAACAGAAGGGUUAAACAUUUCCCCCUGAAAGUACAGUAGAUGUGUAACAAUAUGUUGAACAUGUGCAUGUGGUAAUAGCAUCUGUUUUACUAUCAGUACACUUUCCUUUCAUUUCACACAAUUUAAUUUAAUUCUAGAUGUCAGCAGCUCAUAUAAGUUUAUCACAUUGUUGCUGAUUUUGGAGCUAAUAGCUCAAAAUUUCUUGAUUGUUUUUAUUUUAUGCUGGUUUGAAGUUUACAUACACAAGUGUUGUAAUACUUUUACUCCAUUUAUGAUUUGAGCUGUUCUUUUUUCCAGAAUGGACUGAUAAUACUACAUACAACUUCAGUGACUCUAAAUAUAAAGUUUGUGCACAAUUCAGAAUUUCUUGUCAUCACACAUAGAGCUCCACACACCGCUAAGGAACAUUAAUUCAAAUAUUAGUUGGGGGGGUUGGUCAAUUUUAGCCUCUGUGCUUUACUUUGACCCUAUUUGGAUUAGAGAAAAUCCACAUGCAAAAUCAUCUCAUUUGUAAAAUCAUUGAAAUUGUUUGUAUAGUCACGCCACCCUGAAAAAGAAAUAGUUCAAGUCCCAUUUGACUUUUACAACUGUAAAAAAGCUUUUCACGUUACACAUUGAUGUAAAUUUAUCUUUAGAUGCAGCUCAACAAUUUGCUUCUUGGUGGCUAUCUUGUUUUAAUACAGAGCAAUGCAAUACAAGAAACAGACUAAGAUGUACAUAUUUUUAUGGAGAACUAUUGCAUUAAUUAAUGUAACUUUUCUGUGUGGAAUUGCUGCAUUUCAUAAGUUAUUAAAUGUGCAGUUUAUUAUUUUAAAUAAAUUGAUGAAAACAUCACCAGCAUGAAAGUUGACACAAUACAUAUAUACCUGUAAUGCAGGUGCAUCUUAAUAAAUUAAAAUCUAAAGAGUUAAUUUCAUUUUUUUAAGUCAUCACCUACUUAAUAAAACUUUAUUAAUACACAGUGAAAUAUCUCAAGGGUUUAUUUCUUCAAAGUGAGAAUUAUGACUUGUUGCUAAUCAAAACCCAAAAUUCAGUUUCACAAAAUCAAAUUCGGAAUAUUACAAAGCGCUCAUAAAAAAACAACUGAGUUUUAGUAUGAAAAUGCUUUUAUGCCCCUAUUAUCAUUAGGAAUGUGUAUACUGUAUAACACAAGGACAUUUUCUUUUACAGUUGAAUUACACCUCUGUGUUAGAAACUGUAUUCACUAGUGUUACGCUAUAUUCAGAUUUUCUGAUAAACUUGUUUGAGGUUUUCAAUAAUUAAGCCGUAAUGAUCAAGAUGACCAGAAAUAAACUCUCAAAAUGUAUCACUGUGUGUAAUAAGGCUGAAAAAAGUUACCUUUUGUGAGUUUUACUACUGAAAUAUAUUCACUUUUUGAUCAUAUCAUUUAUUGAAAGGCAUAUAAAAUUGCCUUUCGAUGACUUUGUCAAAGGAGCAUGUUGAAAAUUAAAUCUAACACUAGAGGGUGCUGUCGGAAUUUUUUUAAGAUUAAGCAAGCACAUUUUUAUUCAGUGCCACAGACUUCUGCAUUGUACCACUACCAACAAUUUUUUUGGGUCGAGGUGACACGUUAUGAUUGAUCUUGCUUAGCCCAGUUUAACUUUUUUACUGGGCUACUCAUUAUCCAAUUUAAUUUACUUUAUAAAUUACUUUUCUUCUUGUGAAAUUGAAUAAUUUUCCACAAAAUGUGAAAUUCAGUGCAAUAAGAAAAAUUGAUUUGUUAUUUUCUGCUCACUUCUUUAUGUCAAAUCAGAUCAUUAAAGCCAACGUCCCUUACUUUAAUCCACAGUGAUGCACUUACCUUUAACUAACUAACAGAGAUGAUUUGCUUGUGUGUUUGUGUUUGAUUCGCCUGCAGACGAGUCAAAGUGAGACUGUCUGCACUCCCCCAGUCAGCCACCCUCACACAUGAACUCAGUGCAUUCCAGGGCGGCAAACAUGCUGAGACAUUUCUCUGAAUUGAUCUGGGGGGAGGAGGUUUCUGUUGAGGUUUUCCCAAUGAGAUCCCAAUGUAAAAAACAAAAAACCUCAAGACCCUGAUGACACAUCCUACCUACAAAACAAACAGAAACCACAGCUUUCAUAAGUCAUUCUGAAAGGCUAAGUCUUUUUAAUUUUUUUUAGAUAGUUAAACUGCUUUCCAUACAAUCAAUUAUACAUUUUAAUGUGUGUGCACUCAGUCAUUUAAUUUAUUUUAUUUAAUUUUGUUAACAUGGUAGAGGUUUCUCUCUUAGUCUGUGCAUUGUAGUUCUGAUUCAGUUUCCUCUUUAAAGGUUGUGGGCAGGACACUGUAAAGCCACAGCCUGACGUGUUUCAUGUGGCUGGGGGUAGAUUGCUCUGCUGAGUCAAGGCAGGAAGACUGGUGCAACUCAAAUGUGGCGCUGCCAUUUAACUUGCUCUCUCCUUGUCUGUCGCAUCUGCCCACUGGUUGGAAACUGCUACCAGUGGGUGGAAUAUCAGAUUAAUCAGUAAGUCUAAUUUAAGAGGAUAGGUGGGCUCUGCAAAAUGUCAGCCACUCAACUGCAGGCUUGCAGAGUAAAGGAACUUUGUAGAGCACUCAGCUGUGAAUAUUUUGUUGAAAGAUUGCAUUUUGAACACAUGAAUUACACUGAGGUAAUUUUUUUUCUGCAUUGUAAAUAUAUUUUGUAUAUAACUGAUAAAGAAGUGACUAA